AUGGCCGCCCCUCAAAGACCCACGCCCGACGUCGAAGAACUGCGCCGGUUCUAUGUCGGGAAACUCAUCACGGAACUGCCCAUGCCGGCAGCAGUCCUCGAUGUCGUCCCCUUGAAGCGACACUGCAAGACGAUGCUGGAUGCUGUCGACAGCCUGGGCGUCGGCUUCCGUGCGCAUGUCAAGACACACAAGGUAGGCGAGACGUCCAAAGAUGUCAACAUUGUCGUCUCGACGCUGCUGGAGUUCGAGCACGUGCUGCCGCUUCUCGAGGAGUGCAGGGACAAUGGCCGCAACGUCAAUGUCCUCUACGGCAUCCCACUCCCACCAUCGCGGGCCGCGGCUCUGGCCGUUCUCGGACAACGCAUCGGCCCUGCGCUUUCACGAACUCGCCGGGUUUUCCGCAGGCAUUUACGUCAAGGUCGAUACGGGCUACCACCGCGCCGGCCUCCCACCAGCGGGCUCAACAAGAACAGUCUACUGGAGAAGAUCGCUCAGCUGGAGGCUGAAGGCAAAGCGAACCUCAUCGGUCUCUAUUCCCACAGCAGUUUGAGCUACAACGACUCUACGGCGAAGCAAGCGAUGGACAAUCUGGCAGAUGAGAUCAAGGGCUGCGUCGAGGCGCUCCAGAACAACGCGACGCAUUUCAAACCGGGCAAGCAGCUGACCAUCAGCGUCGGGGCAUCACCUCAAGUCGCCUCAAUUGAGAACCUCACGCGACCGGCGGCGGCGGGGUCGCCUCACGGAGACCAUCUUCGCCAGACGAUACAACAAAUAACGCAGAAUACUCCUGCCGGGUUCCGAACAAAAUUGGAAUUGCACGCGGGAGUCUACUCGCUUCUUGAUGUUCAGCAAAUGUCGACCCAGGCACGGGGUUUCCUUGGCGCAAUUGAUGAUGAGGUCGCCAUCUCCGUGGUCGCCGAAGUCGUCAGCGUCUACAACAACGGCGAGAGAGAGACACCCGAAGCGCUCGUUGCCGUUGGAACCCUCGGGCUCGGAAGGGAACCCUGUGCUGCAUAUUCUGGAUGGGGUGUGAUCGGGCCAAAGUCAUUCUCGGCUGAGCCUGGGAACAAGACAAGGCUGAUUGUGAAGAGGAUCAGCCAGGAACAUUCUAUUCUUGCCUGGGAGUCGAAUUCACAGGAUCCGAUUCCCCUUGAAGUUGGCCAGAGCAUCCGUAUAUAUCCAAACCAUGCUUGCGUCACGAGUGCCAUGUACGGUUGGUACCUGGUGGUCGACUCCAGCGAAAAGGAGACCGCCGAACGGAUCGUGGACGUUUGGGUCAGAGUAUCAGGCUGGUGA